AUGGCUCAUAAACUUACCUGGCUGGGAGAGCGGCACGAUCAAGAAGGUGUCGCCUCCACGGUGAGGCCCUCCCAUUGCACUUUUGGGACGGGUUGACCUGUGUGGCAGCUCCGAGUUGGGGUUGGCCAACAGCUAAAUUUUUGCGUUUGGAGUCUCCGGGCUCCCUAUAUCGUUGAAAUUGAGAGAUUCAGCAUAAAUAUGACAUAAAAAACAAGCAUUUUGAAGAAUUUGAUGACAUACCUUAUACAGAAUAUUAUUUUUUGUGGGGUGGUUUAAUUUGUAGAGGCAAGUAUUGGAGGAAUGCAAUAAUUUACGUCAAGGAAAAGAUGUGUUUUUGGGAGUGUUAUAACGUCAGGCUCUUGUGCCGUAGAGAGAUGAUGCUGGUGCGGAUAAAAGGCUCAUAUCGAGCUCUAUGUAUAUGAAGCACCAUGAAAACAGGCCGAACAAAAUUCGAGGAGAUAGAGGUGAUCAUUUUUUUAGAAGUAUAAAUUAAACCUCAGUUUAAACUGAUGCAGUAAUUGUGUACCUUGGUCAUUUGCAAGAAUUGGUUCUCUUUUUUGCAUUCAUCGCCCCUCAAUUAAUCACAUUUUAGUAUCUUGUUUACACUGAACUCUCAACCCCAUGGCUUGCCGUUAUGACAAAUCUUUUCAUUCGUUAUAAAUCGCCAUGCCAUUUUUCACUUUUCCUUUCCUAUCAAAAAACGAAAACGCUCUGACCCCGAUUUUGGGUUCGAAAAACAAAAAAACGAAAAUGAAAAUAUAUAUGAUGAUGGUAAAAGCGCCCCGUAUCUUUGGGGUGUUAUAAAGUUAUAAAGUUUUUUUGUUCGCUCUGCUGAUCUGCGGCGCCGUAAGCCGGCUUUUAUGAUUUUUGAUAUCCGUGUUUGCGGGCGGAGAGGGGUAAUUUGGGAGAUUGACCCUUUGUGAGAUAAAAUUUUCUUCUUCGUUACUGUAUUUUUGAGCGGUCGGGAAAGGUAGUUUGCCUGGUAAUUUUGGUAUCUAUAGAUGACGUGCAUAGCACUAAGGCUUGAAGCGUAAAAAUUAAAUUUCUUGAUUUUUCGCUUGGGUUUUGCAGGGAAAUCAACGAUAUUUAAAGUGAACUGCCACCUAUUUGACAUUUUUUGAAAAUUAUCAAUAUUUUUGAAGAGUAAAUGUGUCUUUUCAAUAAAAAAUGAGGAUUUUCCUCAGGAAAAGCUUAUGAAUUAAAACUUCGUUGUCCCGUUCCAACCCUCCAAUAUCAUCUUUCUUGAUUUGCAAAUAUACCUCUGGCCCAGUCUCAGCGGACCGUGAUAAUAAGGACCCAAAACAUUGUAUGUUUUUUGUAUAGACUUGGUCGGACAUUUGGAGAAAAAUAUAAUAACAAGAUCUGAGUACCACGCCUGGAGCACUUGUUCGUUUAGCUCCAACUUUGUCAUUAAAUCUCUCAUUUUGCAACCUCUUCAUUCAUGUCUGCACUCUCAACCUGGUCGCUUUUUAUAUCGUAUUUUGGGGGUACUUUUAGUAUGCUAGCCACCUUUGACCGUCUCUCGACGAUUAAUUUGCAAAAUUUGGAGCUUGUUUCGGAGCUUGUUUGCCCUUUUUUAUCUUCUUUUCACCUCUUUCAAACCUAAAUUUUGAGUUUGAAUCUUUUUCGAAUUUCUUCCCAGGGGCGUAGCUAUGUCUCUGUUUCUUCACGUGACGUAUUUUACAAUUUUACUUUCUUUCCUUUUGAAAAAUAAUUUUUAGGCAAUGAUGUUACUCCUAGCAUCAUUACUCCUCCUUUUUCAUCAUGGCUUCUCCGAGAUUCCUCAAUCCGAAGAAGCCGACCUCAAUAUUGAUGACAAAACUUUCCGUGAGCUUGAAGGAUUUCACACGUUUGCCAUGUCCGUUCUGCAUGAAGAACGGAAUGCAGAAAGAGAUCGUUUGAUCAAGCUCAUGGAAAAAGAUGAAGAGAAUUUAGAGCCUUCCGAGAUCUACAACUCCUAUCGAAGAUUGGCCGAUCUUUACAGAGUCUAUCAAAAAGAAGGCAAAGAUGUUGCUGAGCUCAAAAAAGACGAUCUUCCCUUGAGGGUAAGAGCUCUACUCUUGCUUGAUUAUGGAAUAAAUGAGGAGUCGAGUAGCACUCUAAACGAGGAUCAUGUCUUCGACAAGCUGAAGGAGAUCCUCACCAGCGAUUUGCCAUUAUCUUGGCUUCCUCAAAACGUCAGCGAAGAAAGUGCGGAGGCUAGAGAGUUCGUCAUGUCCAAGUUUUUGGACUCUUUUGCGCAGAAGUUGCGAGAACAGCGAAGAAAUCCGGAAACUUUUCCGAUUAACAAGCUGGAUUACGUCAUUCCAUCGGAGAUCCGGGCCAAAUUGAUUGAGGAUCCCGGAUUCUCCCCUGAAGUAUAUCAUUUACUCAAUUACGACGGGGCUUUCAACGAGUCUGUGGCCAAAACUCUGAAAAAAAUUCAAGAUCAACGAGCCGAUAUUGAGGUUGUUGAUCUAAAUAAAGAGUCAGAAGAGAUGUUAAGACGCCGAGCGAUGCCCAAAUGGAAGCCAAAGGGAAAAACCGACGCUCUUAUUCCCGAAUCUCGUUCUGUAGGUCAAGACGAAGUCACAGAGAUGUUCAAAGAGCGGCUCAGUAAGCUGAGAGAGGAGCAAAAUGCCUUGGAGGAGAAGAAGAAUGAGUUGCCUAAGGCCAAAAGACCAGAGAUUAGGGUGAAAAGAGACGUUGAUCCGACUUUAAGGUCAAAAAGAGAUUUAAAUUUGAAGGUACGAGCCAGAAGACAUGAGAUCAGCAAGCAUCGCGGGUUCAUUGUUGAGGAGAAAGUUCAUCAAGAAAACGCCACCGCCUUAGGCGAUAUUGAGGAGACUCCGCUGCACAAUGAAGAGGCUCACAAGAUUGUUCCUAGAUCUGCUCAAACGGAGAUUUUUGGACAUAUCAUUAAGAAACGGGAGGCAAAAAUUGAUGAGAAGUCGCAGGGCUUGAAAUCCCUCAAAAAGGAUCCACGAGAAAUCCUAGUAUCUCCUGAAUAUCAGCAAGCGCAGGAGCAGUUCUAUGGCAAAGAAGAACGUCUGAUCAAGCAGAUCAUCAAUGAGCUCAGCCUCUCAGAAGAUGAUGUGGUCGACAUUGACAACGAUCCGAAAGAAAAGAUGGAGACUUUGCUUGACGUAAAAACUCUUUACAACCUCGACGAUCCGGUUGAUUUCCCCGCCAAGCCCUCGGAAAAAGAGUUGGAUGAGGAGAUGUUGAGAAAAGAGCUGCUUCAGGAUUACUAUGACAAAGUGGAUGCCAAAUUGAGGAUUGAGUUCACAGCUAGACAACAGCAAAAGAGGCUGAAGUAUUUGGAAGAGCAGUGGCAGUUGAUCCGGGAGAAAAAAAAGACGAUGAAAGUGGAGGAGAUCUUGAAGUCUCCGGAUGUUGUAACUUUAGUCUAUCGGAACGCAACAUCGCAAAAUUCGAACAGAAGUACUGCCAAGAGCUUGCCAAAUAACCCUCAUAUUAAUCAAGAGAAUAUUGGCAAGAGUGAUGGUCAAGAAGCAUCUGAAAAUUUGACGACAUCAACAGCCAACAGUGAUGUCCCAAGUACUCCAAAAUCUCAGCAGAUCAUGGCCAAUCCGGAUGACAUUUCGAUCAACGGUGACUUAGUUGACGGAAGCAUUGCUGAUAGUAAAAUCGAAGGCUCGGCGGACAUGCCAUUGUCAUCAAUUCCUAUUGCGGACACACAUGAGAUCAAGGAGAAUAUGAAUGAUAAUCUCGAAGGAAAUAAACUUGAUUUGGCCGCCUCGAUUGAUGAUAGCAUCAGUAAUUUGAUUGAUGAUGACGCUGAAGAGACGAAUUGGCCAAUGAAUACUGAAGAAAAAGCUGAGGAAGAGCCGGAGAAGAAGGAAGAAGAUAAGGAAAUUGAGAAAAAAGUAGAGGAAGUCAAGGAAGAGCUGAUCCAGAAAACUGAAGACGCAGAGAGCCCAAGCAAAGUGAAAGGUGUGGCUGUGGAUAUAACACAACCUUUGGCGGAGUCAUCAACAGCUGCAGCUGCCGUGACUGAAAGUUCAACUGUUGUUACUGAAAGCUCAACGGUUAUUACUGAAGACGAAUCAAGUGAGUUUUUCAAAAUACGCAAAAAAAAUUUAAGAACAACAAAUACUAAUUCAUUUUAUCAAUCGAAUCUGGGAUGUAAAAAGCUCUUAACUUCCAAUUUUCAGAUGCCUGCUUCCCCAAGCUCGACAUUGUCUUUGUCCUCGACACCUCCGGCUCCCUAGAAAGGGCCUAUCGCGAGCACGUCCACUGGGCUGUCGCUCUAGUCAACUCUCUUCCACUUGAGCCGGAUACCAUCCGAAUCGCCGCUGUUCAAUAUGCCCGAUUCCCGCUGACCGAGUUCGCCUUAGGCACUUAUCCCACCGCCAAUGAUAUCAGGGAGCAUUUGAGUCAAAUGAAUGCUACAACGGGCGUUGCGAACACUGGCUAUGCGCUGAGGAAAGCGGAAAAUGAGCUGUUCAGGCCGGAUAGGGCUAGAAAUAACGCCGCAAAGGUCAUUGUGCUUUUCACGGACGGAAAGUCGGCUGAUGAUCCAACAAAGCCGGCGAAGCAAUUGCGAGAGCAUAAGAAUGUAAGGAUCUACGUGGCUAGCGCUGUGGAGCCGGCUUCGGAGAUGAUGCUGGAGAAGAUUGCCGGCAAGGAGGAGAAUGUGUUCGGGUAGGUCGUAUCUCAAGUUUUUUUUUAAUUUGGUGCAUCUCAAAAGCCUUGGAAAUCUAGUUUUACAAUUUUUAUAUUUCUCCCGGUUUAAUUUUGUUAUUUCCAGCCCCACCAAGCUCCGCAACCUCCGUGACACGCUGAUAGUUGAAGCCGAACGGACUCGAGCUUGUAUCCGAAUUGGUGGUCCUCGAAGUGAAUAUAAACAUAAGCCAUUGAGACCAGUUCUUCAAUCCUCACCCACUGCAACAGUAACAGCGCCAUUGGUGAAUCAUGAGAACAAAAUUGAAGUCUUAGAUACCAAUAGCAUCAAAGAUCAUAAGGAUGACAAUGGUAAGCGGGGUAAAGAAGAAAUAAAACGGUUUUAUACUCUAAAAAUAAUCUAUCAACAAUAAAUUUCUUUGUUUAGUCAACAAUUUUUGAUUCCUGACAAUUUAGUCAUCAAAAAUGACCUCUAACGCCCACCGCUUUUACAUAACAUCCUAUUUCAGAGAUUCAAAACCUCGGCGAGCUUGCUGAAGCUUCAGCUCCCUUCCAAGACUCCGUUCCUUUGAUUCCAAUGGGAGUGACGGGAAUUCCAACUGAAUCUACCAGCAGCCCCUCAACUUCUCCAACAACAACUCCUUGUCGACUCGAAGAGACCUCAUGCGAAGACGCUUUUGAGGCCAAGACUGUCUUUAUGACAACCAAACCUUUGAUCCGAACAACGCCAUCUUCCAGAGAGCAAAAACUUAUUGAAAAGGUCGUCAAAACAAAGCUCCCGUUGCCUGAGGAAAAGAAGGAGAAAUUGGAGAUAAAUCAUCGACCAAUUCCCACUAGAAAACAGACAAUUACGACUGCAAAAAGCAGUGUGAUUACUACUCAAACAACUAAGAUUCCGGUGACUUUCAGUACACGAAAGCUCACGCCAACCGGACGAUUUUCAACAAGACUUUUUACAACGCCAACAACAACAACUUUGACGACAGGAGCAACUCGAAGAUUAUUCCCGAUUAGAACUACUAAAAAACCGAUUUUCGGAGGAAAAACGGAGAGUAGCACCAAUAGGGUUGUAACUAGCACAGGAAGAAAUGAAUUUACCGUCAGAGCGACGGAGAAUGAAAAUCAGGAGACUCAGAGUUGGCGCCAGAUUGUCACUACCACAAGAAGAGCCCCUACGCCUACUGGAAGGCAGAAUACUCCAUUUACAACUCUCCCACCGACAUUGCCAACACUCUCAAGAGCCUUUGAAAGGCUGACAACAAAGGCAGCGAGGAAAAAUCUAACGCCAGCCGCGGCAAUUGUUGGAAGCGGAGAUACAGGUUAGUUUUAAUGGGGGAAUCUUCUGAUUUUACGAUAAAAUACAGUCUUCAUAAGAUAGUGAGAUAUGAAUUUUUUAAAAAAAUAGGCGGUAAAAUUUGGGUUUUUGAUUUUUCGCACUGUGCAAAAGAGCACAAUUUUUGCACCGUGCAUGCCGAAAAAUAAGCUAAAAUUGGGACUGCACCAUGCAAUGAGCUUGAUUUGUUGCACAGUGUAAAAAUUAUGAUUUUUCAAUAUACUUUUGCUCUUUCCAGUGUCAGUAGCCUGUCCACACGACAUUCUCAUCAUUGUCGACUCCUCCGGCUCCAUUCAAAAGACCUACGAUCAGCAGAAGAGAUUUUUCACCGAGAUCCUCUCUCAAAUGAAGGUUGGACCAAAUGCGCAUCGCGUAGCGAUGAUUCAGUUUGCCGGGGCUCGAAUUCAAAAGACCGAAUUCACUUUUGACAACUUCAACGAUGGACGGGAAAUGAUGGACAAUUUGAAUCAGGUAGGAGGGAUUUUUGAAAAUUUAUGUUUUCGUUGCGGGACCCAAACUAAAGACCAGACUUUGGUGAAAAGUAAAACCAAAGUUUCUGAGAUAUAUACGACGCUAUUGGCGUCGUGUGUACGACGUUUUAAACCUUUAUUUCAUAGUAAAUACAAAAAAAUUUUCUUUCGCGUUAGGACACUAAAUUAUGACAUGCCAUUUAGCGAGGGACAACGCUGCAUUUCAGGCAUAAAAUCAAGUCUAAUAAUCUUUCUUUAGAUCCGACAUUUAACUGGCACGACUUAUAUCGGCGCUGCGUUGUCCAGCGCCCGUCAUCUUCUGGAAACUCGCAGACGAAAUGUCCCAAGUCUUGUGAUUCUCAGCUCCGAUGGCUACAGUCAAGAUGAUGCCCUAGCACCUGCUGAAAGAAUCCGGCAGCUUCCGAAUUCAGAGUUCUACGCCGUCAGUAUGAGCGAUCACAGCAACCAGAAAUAUUUGGCGGAAAUUGUGGGCUCAACAGAGAAAGUCUUCCUGAACGAUGAAAAUAGGCUGAAGGAGCUUGUGAAAAGACGGUUAAGUUGUAAAUAA